AUGUUGGGCCCUUCUGAUCGCCUUGUACCGUGGGUAAUCCUGUUCGAUCGAUCGGGGUGUCCGGUUGGGGCACAGCUGCUGCUCGCAGGUGAGGAUAAGGGUGUCAGGACCAUCUGGGAUGUAGACAUCAACAAGGUCCUGAGAGUCGAAUGCGUGAACUUGGCCUUGACAGGCAGCCACGAUGGAUGGGGGGAGGACGGGGAGGAACCUAAGCCACGCGUCCGUGAGGACAAGUACCGCCCACUGAAGUGCAGGUACUGA